AUGGCCACUUUCACUGACCAGGAGGUCUUCAUUCCACCAAUCAUCGUUUACAAUGUCACCUCCGUAGAUGACAUUAGAAGACUCCUAAAUCCUCGUCGCCCUUUGAACCGGCAGCACGGAGUUCUCUGCAUUAAUCGGGACAGAGUUAAAAUUAGCUGUGACACAAAAGAAGAACACUCUCGAGUUCUAUCUAAACUGUACAGUGCUGGUCUGCAGGCCCACUCAUUCUUCCAUCAAUCAAAUACCAACCGACGAUUCAUUAUCCGUGGGCUUCGUCACGACACUUCCAUCUCUCAUAUACAAAGAGAGUUUGGUAAACUCAACUUCACUAUUUGUUAUAUAAAAAACCUCAAAUCAUAUCGUGACGGUACACCAAUGGACAUCUUCGUCAUCGCACUGACGCCCUUUGAUUUGGAGCGGAUUGACUCUUUUCUUGCCAUUACCAAGCUUGGAGAUAGGCGUAUUUCCAUUGAGCGCCAGCGGAAGCGAGACGAACCCAACAUGUGCCAUCGUUGCCAAAGAUACGGGCACACCAAAAACUAUUGUCUCCGUGACUACGCCUGCCUUAAAUGUGCCGGCCCUCACCGCUCAACGUGCUGCGAUCGUCCAAAAUCUGCAACCCCCAAAUGCGUGAACUGUGGCGGCGCACACGUUGCCAACUUUAGGGGAUGCAAGGUAUUCAUAGAAGCAUUGGAAUGCUACUUGGCCAAUCGCCCGCUGCCUGCUCGAAACGAUCUCCAAGGGCUCACUAGUUCAUCGACUCGUCGUUUUGACUCCAAUCGAUCCUUGUCUCCACCGACAACUUCUCGUCAUGCAAUCGAAGCAGCAAAGCCAUCUCAGUGCCACGAUUCUGACUCUUCGUCUAGCGAAUCCUCACGACCACCAACUACGCCAAGCCGGAAAACUGAUUCAACAAAGCCACCUCGCUGGGCCCAAAUACUCGCCCAAGUCAGCUCCACCCACCCCACACCUCAGCGCUGUGAAAAUUACUCAUCAUUUCAUCGUACUUCGUCUCCACCCACAACAUCAGUCCGAAUGAUUGAUUUCCCAAAGACACCUAGCCGGUCACUCAUGUCAGCCCACACUGGCCCUGACCACUCUACGCCUCGCCGUCAUGAUUCCAACUCACCAUCCCGCAGAUCACCGUCGCCUCCAACUACGUCCCGACAUGCUCUUGUAUCUUCCAAGCCACCUCGCCGAAUUUCCUCGACACCUGACACCAUUAAACCUGACUCCAGCUGCCCUUCACCGCAGCGACGCAUCUCGAGUCCAUCUUCCUGCCUGGCUGAAUCUCCACCUAGGAUAUCCUGCCGGGCACUCAAACUUCUGAAACCCUCUCGCCGGUCGCCUGCAUCGGCCCAAUUGGAUUCUAGCUAUUCAUCGGAUGAUGCAUUCGUGUACAGAAUUGGUGCCUUUAAAAACUCGGAUAUUUCUUUUGGAGCGUCUUCUUCUGAGGAUUCAUCGUUGGAAGAGGACCUGCUUGGCGCUGUCCAACGCAGUAAUCGGAUCGUCAAGAAACUCACUAAGAAAGUAGAUUCCCUAACGAAAUUGGUCAAAACUUUCCAAAACAUGGAUCCAUUCUAA